GGCUAUGUUAUCACGUAUCCACGUGCCUCUGUCGCGUCCAGCGCGCAGGCGCCGCCGCGAGGCUGUACUCUGUUGUCACGUCACCUCAGUCCUCUGCCAACCGGCGACCAGUCGCGCGCGUCGCCCCGCGCAAACGUAAACAAAUAACGACUAUGACAUACACUUUAUGACGAAAAUAACAUAAUCGGUGUGUUUUGUUCCAAUUUUGAUGUCUAUAAUUUAAAGUGAACAUUUAAAAGUGUCUUUUUAGUGCCAUAAAGUGAUAGCGCUUGCAGUACAAAGUUUUUCUUAUCGCCUUCUCGCCUACAAUUAGUGAUAUAUAGUUAAUUAUUGCGAAAUUCUAAAUACAGCUUAAAGUGUAGAUGCGCUAGAAUAACUAGGUGUAAGUGAAGAAUACGUAUCCAGUAUUUAAGUUUAAGUGACAGUGUCUAAAUGUCGCUCAUUUGUAGAGAGCUCAGCGGCCCCCUGAUGUCGGAACCACUCGUCAGUCUGUACAAAUCUCCUGUAUCAGGGUGCGCCUUCCUGACUUACUUCAACCCGGAGAGCGCGUCGAGCGCGCAGUCAGCGCUUCAUGAGAAACGGACGCUACCAGGGGUAAGUUCCCAAUGCAGCGGCGUAAACAAAAACACAACCGGCCGAAUAACGAGUGAAAAUCUCUCACAUAAUGAGCCGUGGAACACAAGCCCCGCACAAAGAGAUGAGCCGACCUCUUCAUUAGACCUCCUUGAGCAAAAUACAGCAGUCUUUGUAAAAUAUUAACGCAUAUAAAGUUACACGCUGGUAGCUGAGAACUAGACGGGGUUUUAUGUUUUGAAUUUAA